UUUGCUUUCCUGCCAUCGGGCAGUAAUACCACUGCCACCUCAUUCUCAGUUUCUUACCUCCCACCACUCUCCUCUCUUCCUUUCUGAAUCUCCGGAGAAAGGAGAGAGAGACUGAGACUGAAGCUCUGCAGAGUAAUAUAGAGCGGAAAAGAAGAAUAAAUAUUGAGAAACCCUAAAACGUAUCCUUUGUACUUCAAUGGAGGAUUAUCCUCAUGCUUUCCGCAGGGGCAAAGCGUCUGCUGCAACUCUGUCGAAGAAGAUCUCAAAUGCAAAUGGAAAUGGCCUUACUCCCAAAACUGUCUACGACGACGUUUUUGGUGGCCCCCCCAAGUUCGGGGUCCCGACUUUCUCGGCUCCGAUUGAAGAUUACAGUGAGAUAUUUGGUAGCUUUCACUCCUCACGUGGUUCCUCCAUUCCUGUUCUAGAUCUUCCCGUUUCCGACGCAGGCGAUUUUUCUCUUGAUGUCCGCGCCUCCAAGUUUGAUUACUCGGAAAUUUUCGGCGGUUUUAAUGGUAUUGAAUUCUUCGAUUCUCACGAGGAGCUGUUUGGCGAAUCCAAAGGAGGAGAAAGCUCCUCCGAGGAAGCCUGGACCCCAGCUGGAACACGUUCUCCUUCAGAAGGAUCCAGUGCUGGUACUUUGGCUUGUUCAGAAAAUAACCAGUUUACGUCAGAUGGAGUUGCUUAUCACACAUUUGAUGGUGAGCAAUCCGAUGUUUCUAAUUAUGAGACUCCGCAGAGAAGUGAACAAAAUGGGACAAAUGAUAAAACACACAGUGCCCAAACCCAUGCUGUUCCAGGGGUUACGUGUGUGGUUGAUGGAAGCACAUCUCCACAAAAGACUGAAAUUAUUAAUACGUCACUCUUUGGAGUUAAUGAUAUUGAUGGAAAUGUGGAUUACAAUAGGGGCAUAUUGGAAGAAAUCUUUUUGAAGAAAACCAUGUCACUCCCUCCCAUGUAUGGUUCCAUCACAAGGACUUCUGAAAGUGAUUUUGAACUUCAAAGAAGAUCUCAUGGCAAUGGAUCUAAUUCUAACAAUAUAUUUGAUGGUGUGAAGCAAUCCAAUGAUUCUAAUUUCGAGACUCUGCAAAGAAGUGGAGAAAAUGAAACACACAAUGCCCAACCCCAUGCUGUUUCAGGGGUUAUGUUUGUGGUUGAUGGAAGCAUGCCUCCUCAAAAGACUGAAAUUAUCAAUACAUCACCAUGUGAAGUUAAUGAUAUUGGUGGCAAUGUGGAUUACAAUAAGGGUAUAUUGGAAGAAAAAAAUUUGAAGAAAACCAUGUCACUCCCUCAAUCUCAUUCUGUUUCAGGGGUUACGUUUGUGGUUGAUGGAAGCACGUCUCCACAAAAGACUGAAAUUAUUAAUACGUCACCCUGUGGAUUUAAUGAUAUUGGUGGUAAUGGGGAUUACGAUAGGGGCAUAUUGGAAGAAAAAAAUUUGAAGAAAACCAUGUCCCUCCCUUCCAUGUAUGGUUCCCUCACAAAGACUUCUGAAAGUGAUUUUGAACUUCAAAGAUCUCAUGGGGUUGGAUCUAAUUCUAACAAUCUAUUUAUAUCCAUAUCUGAAAUAAGCCUUCGGACGCAGCCCUCUCAUGUGCCUCCACCGAUGCGGCCACCACCCAAAUUAUCAAUCAAACAGGGAAAGUCUAAGAUAGCUUCUGAAAAAUAUGGACAGGAGUGUACUGCAGGUGACGGUUCACCAGCUUUCUUUGAUGUGGAGGUAGAUGCAAAUUCAUCUGCUGCAGCCUCAGCAGCUGCUAUGAAAGAAGCAAUGGAGAAAGCCCAAGCCAGAUUAAAAAGUGCAAAAGAAUUGAUGGAAAGAAAAAGGGAUGGUCUUCAUAGCCGGCCGAAGUUGGGAUUGAAGGAUGAUUCAAGUAAUAAGGCCAGAAAAGAGGAUAAUAAAGCUAAUCAUGAAGCCCUCAGAUUCGGAGCAAAUGAAUCUCAAGGGGCAUCUGAAAGAGAGGAUAUUGGAAUGAAAGGCUUUGGAAGGCAGGAAGGGCAAAAAGACAUUAGGACAGCUCGGGUAGCUCCAAAUUUUGGGGGGAGGGAAAAGGGUCUGAAUGUAGGUAAAGAAUUUGUAGAACAAAAAGUUACAAAGGAACCUAGAUCUGCUCAAUCUCGUAUUGACAAAGAAGCAGGAGAGUGGAGAGUAGAGAAACAAUUCUAUGAACUGGCAACAACUGAAAAGUCAAAAGCAGCCUUUGAAGUCCUCGAGCAGGCCAAAAAUGAGAAAAAAUUGAUGACACCAAUAAUGAUCCAGAAACAUGAAAAAAGUGAGAAGGUAGCAGUGAAACAAGUCUUUCAACUGCGAGAAGAAAAUGGUGAGAAAUCAAAAGCAUUGAAAGAGGCUUGUGUACAGGAGAACAGGAGGAUAUUAGAAGCAGCUAAAGAGGCAUGUGAACUGAAAAAACCAGAGAAGAAACUGACAGUGGCGCAAGAGAUGAGUCAGUGUAAAGGAAAUGAGAAGAAACUAAAAAUGGCACAAGAGAUGGGUGAACUUGAAGAAGAUGAGAAUAAACUAAAAGUGGCUUGUGAGUUGGAAGAACAUGGGAAGACGCUGCAACAGGCUCCUGAACAGAAAGAGAAUGAGAAAAACCUAGAAGAGGCUCGUAAAUGGGAAGAAACUGAGAAUCGACGAAGAAGGGCCUCUUGGAGUGAAGUAAGUGAGAGAAGAUUGAAAGAUGCUAAUGAACAGGUAGAAAAUGGGAAGAAGCUAAAAGAGUCUUGCAAGAGAGAAGAAAGUGAGAAUAUAUUGAAAGAUUUUUGUCAACAGGAAGAAAGUGUGAAGAAACUAAAAGAGGCUUGCAAGGUGGAGUUUAAUGAGAGAAGACUACAAGAUGUUCAUGGGAUGGAAAAUGACAGGAGACAAAAAGAUGAUCAGGAGCAAGAAGAAAAUGAGAAGCAACUGAAAGAGGCUUAUGAUCAGGAACAGGAAGAAAAUGAGAAGAGACUACAAGAGGCUCAUUUGGGUGAGGAAAAUGAAGAAAAACUAAAACAAGCCUUUGAGGAGGAAGAAAAUGAGAGGAGAUUAAAAGAGGCUCAUGAUCUGAAAGAAAAUGAAAAUAGAGUAAAAAAGGUCUAUAAAAUGGAAGAAAACGAGAAGCAGCUGAAAGAGGUUUUUGAGCUUGUAGAUGAUGUGCAGAGACAAAGAGAGGCUAAUGAAGGAGGGACAACAGAAAAUAGACAAAAACAGGCUUGUGAGCAGGAGGAAAAUGAAGUAAAAGUAGAUCGAGAGGCUCAUGAUAUUAAUGUUGACAAGAAUCUUAUGACAGCUUCUGGGUCAUGCCAGCCUUUUGACGAUAAUAACUUUGAAGCGAAUCAAGAAGACCCCAAAUAUGAAGUGAACAGUGGGAAGCUGAAACUGGCUCAGGAAGCAAUUGAACAUGAAGGGAGUGGUGGGAUGACUGAAGCAGCUAAAGAUGCCUGUGAAUGUGAAGGUAACGAAAAGGAAUUGAAAAUAGCCAAAGCAGGAAAAGACGAAGAUGAAAGUGGGAGAUCCAGACCUGCUGAUGUGACUCAAUGUGCUCCUGAACAAGAUAGGUAUGAAAUCAAAGAUCCCAUGGUAGACCUUUCAUUAGGUGGACAUGAGAAUAACCUAGGAGAAUCUGAAAUUGUAAUUGAUCUGGAGCCAAAUGAAAAGAAUAAGAGAAUAUCACGAGUAGCUAGCAACCAGGAAAGCCUUGGUAAGUCUCAAGUUGCCAAUGAUCAGGGAGCUUACCAGAAGAGCAAUGAAGCAGCUGAAGGGGUGAAAUAUUGUAUUGAAAAUGAAAAGAACAUUGGAUUGGUUCAGCCUAUUAUGUUGUUGGUAGAGAAGGGUAACACACAGAAGAUAGCUCAGGAGGUUAACAAAAGCCAAUGUACAGAAAGAAAGGAGAAGAAUUACCAUGAAGCAUGUUCCUAUGUGGAAAUAGAAAAACAAGAAAGGUUGCAAAGAGAAAAAGAACAGGAAGAGGAGCGUCAAAGAAAAAUAGAAGAAGAGAAGGAAUGGGAAAGGGAAAGAGAAAGAAAUAGGAUGGCUGUGGAAAGAGCAACCCGUGAAGCCCGUGAAAGGGCAUUUGCUGAAGCCCGUGAAAGGGCAGAAAGAGCUGCUGUAGGGAGGGCAACCUCUGAAGCACGUCAAAGAGCGAUGGCAGAGGCCCGAGAAAAACUGGAGAAGGCAUCUGCAGAGGCUAGGGAGAAAUCAUUAGCUGAGAAAGCUUUAAUGGAAGCCAGGGUGAGGGCAGGGCGUGCUGCUGUAGAAAGAGCAACUGCAGAGGUUCGGGAGCGUGCUGCAGAAAAAGCAGUUUUGGAUGCAAGAGAACGGGCAGAAAGAUCCAGUGAAUGUGCAGAAAGAUCUGUUGCUGACAAAUACUCCGUGACAAAUUCCAGAGAUAGUGGAAUGAGGCAAAGCUCUUCUUUCUCUGACCUGCGAGACCCACGACUUCAAAGCUCAGGGUCUGACAGUAGUUCAAGAUAUACAAAUUCUUCGGUUCAUGGUGAAGCAGUAUUUCUCUUUCAUCAUGAAGCCUCCAAUACUUCUGCUAAAUUUCAAGGAACAGAAGGUGAAUCAGCUCAGAGGUGUAAAGCUAGGUUAGAGAGGCACCAGCGAACAGUUGGACGUGCGGCAAAAGCUCUUGCAGAGAAGAACAUGCGUGAUCUUCUUGUACAGAGAGAGCAAGCAGAGAGAAAUAGACUGGCAGAAACUUUGGAUGCUGAGGUCAGAAGGUGGUCUAGUGGGAAAGAAGGGAAUUUGCGUGCGUUGCUUUCAACCCUACAAUACAUCCUUGGGCCUGAUAGUGGUUGGCAGCCAAUUCCCCUGACAGAAGUUAUAACAGCUGUUGCGGUAAAGAAAGCUUAUAGAAAAGCAACCCUUUGUGUUCAUCCUGAUAAGAUGCAACAAAAGCGUGCAAGCAUUCAACAGAAGUACAUUUGCGAGAAAGUUUUUGAUCUUCUAAAGGAGGCUUGGAACAAAUUCAAUUCGGAGGAGAGGUAGCUUUUUUCUUCUGCAUCUUCUGUUCAAGAAUAUGCACAUCUGCAAUCAUGUGCGUUUUUGUAAUAUUGUGACACUACCAAAUAUUUGUAAGCCUUCUUUUGGCCACUUGUAGAAGUAACGGGACUUGAGCUGGAAUUAUGCUGGCAUUUAAGGAAUGAGUAAAAAUACCAACCCGUUUCUAAUUUA